CUUACUGUCCUUUGCAAUGCAACUCAAUUGAUUUACUUGGUAUGAACAAUAAAGACAAUAACUUUUCUUCCCUUUAAAAGAAAUCUACGCAAGAGGCCAUAUUACGGAGCUCAAAUUUUGGUAGGAAGCCUGACGAAAAUAUUGGAGGCCAAUCGAUUUUCCAGGUGGCCAAAUUUCAGAAAUUUGGCAUUCAGGAGGCCAAACUGGCAAUUUUCGCUGCAGCUGCUUUCGAUUACUAAACCCAGAUUUUGUUCUCUGUCAAGGUCAAAGAUGUUUAUAUAUAUUCAUAUAAAUUUGUUUUUACACAAGGAAGAUAAAAAAAAACCCAACUCUUAUUGAAACAAUUUCAGUUUUAAAAAAAAUCUAAGUUAUAUCAGCCAUUUCUAAGAAACUCUUAUCCGUUAAAUAAAAAUAUUAUAUCAAUAUUUGCGGGUCUUUUUUGGGCCUAAUUUCACGCUGUGUGCGAAUUGAGCUAUGUAUAUUUCCACGUUUUUAAGAAUUAAAACUUAUGACGCACAUUGAAACAUCAAUAAAAUAUAUAGAUUAGCUGUAAUUGUUGUUCUCUUUAAUUGUCAUCGAACAACAAAGAAGUAGGUUUUUAAAAAUAUCUAAUUGAGUUUAAAUGUACAUGUGUAGUUGCGAAGUCAGAAUUAUUUUAAUAAGCAGCUGUAGGUCUUGGCUUUUGCAUAUAUUUCGCAAACCUAGUGGAAAUAUAUAUCAGAGAAAAACACCAAACGGAAACAAUAAUAGCCUAAUUAACGAAACAAUUUUAAAAGCAAGCGGCAAGCAGGGCAAGGAGAAGUACUGAAUCGAAAGUAGAACUUCGGAUUGCAAAAUGAUUUUUCAUGUAGGUCUAGAUCUAGAUCUACUUGAGUUUUGUUUGAAUGCAACGUUCCCAUAUAAUCUACUGUGUUUUGAGACCUAGACUAACUUCCAUUCAAGCAGAAAAAAUGACUGACAAAGGAGCACACUACAUAUUUGGAAAAGUGGUUCAUACGAGCAUCUGAGGAUUGGGAUACAAGUCACAUCUACCAAGCAUGAUAGUGUUUUCCCUUUAAGUGCUCUUUUCUUGUACAUGGACUAGGGAAACCGACAGAGUGGUCACUGUCUUCAUCUCCGGCAUUACUCCCACUGUCUCUGAUUACUUUGGGUACUCCAGAUAGGGAGUAAGUUACGAUGUCUUUUGACUGACGUUUCAAGGAGCAAGAACCGACCAUUAGCAACAUGUCGGCGAAGGAUACUGGCUCGGCAAGAAAAAGAGGGAGGCCCAAGAAAGUGACAACUGCCCCAGGCUACAAUGUUUCUUCUAGUUCGAACGGUCGCGUUCAACAAUGUGAAGUGACUCCAGCUGAUGGUGUGGAGGCUAGAGCAAAAGGUGUGCCGACUGCUCCGACCGAUGUAGCCAACAAGGCACAGGGAGACAUAAUUACACCCUCAAGGCCUGUUCGUAAUCGAAAAAAGAAAACAUAUGACGAUUUCUUCAUCUUUGACAAAGCUGGAGGAAAAGCAGUUUCUGGAAAAAGAGAAGAAAAUGUUGCUGCUUCUGAAGUUGAUAAAACUCUGAGGGCAUCAAAAGAAUCUGCAGCAAAAUCACCCCUGUCAACUCCUGUAGGGGAUUUAGUUGAUGGCAGUAAUGAAACCAGAUUGGAACAAACUGUGUCUAGUCAUAUUAAAUGUUCUCAGGCGUCUGCAGGUAUUGUCACGUCUCCAGCAAAGGGGGAGGACGUACAAUGUGAUGUAGAGGUCAAGGCCACUCUCACAGCUUCAUCAAGCGAUGUCCCCGCUACUGUGGGCAAAAAGAGGGGAAGGAAAAAAAAGACUGAACUGAAUUCAAAUGACUGUAAUUCAGAUCUGCCUUCAGCGUCUUCUUUGAAUUGUUAUAUGGGGAGAGUGAAUGCUGCAGAGAGUGUGCCGGGAACAGGGAAAGACUCGACAAUGCAAGGAUCAGGAUCCACUGUCGAUGGGCUUAAUGACCUGGCAAUGGACAGCGCUGUGAGAGUUGGCGUUAUGGCUAAUUCUGGGAGCGGGCGAUUAAGGAAUUCGGGAUCACAGAGGAAAGGAAGAAAAGCUGGUAAGACUUUGGAUGACUCUGACAGUAAAAAGGACUCCAGUUUCAGUAAGGAUGUGACUCGUGGUUCCUGUGUACGACGCAGUGACAGAGCGAGAGUGAAGAAGCGAUAUGUUGAGUACGACGAGAGUGGUAGCGAGGGCAGCGAAACAUCGAGUUCUGAAAGCUCUGCUUCUGAUGAUACGAGUUUCCCACCGGCUAAAAGGGCCCGACUCGAUGUGGAGGAUGACACACCAAAGACUUCUCGGAAACGAGGCAGGCCAAGGAAAAAUAAUUCUGUUUCUAAGGUUAGCAAUGUAAUCGAAAUCCCUGAAGAUGUCAAAGAAACCUCUCCGCUGAAACGAAAACGAGGAAGACCGAGGAAAGACAAUUCUGAAGUUAAAGUAAAAGUGUCUGAUGUCGCGGAUGCUUCCUCUGCACCAGAUAAACUAGGGACACAGAGGAAAGAUGUCUUUGAUGCAAGCAUUAGUGGUGUAGAAGAAGACAGUGUUCUCAUCGAGGGCGAGUCCCCGGCCCCACGGAAGAGAGGGAGGCCAAAAAAAGACAACUCAGGAAGCAGUGCGAAGCAGGCAAAGGCUGAUGACGAGCGCCCAGUGCCACGUAAACGCGGACCAGGAAGAUGGAAAAAAGUUCUCGACACUGAUGACGAGGCCUCAGAUGAUGAUGAGGGUGGUCGAAGAAAAACCCGGAAGGAAUCGACAACCCACUGUUCAUCAUCCGGCACCUGAAAUACAUUGAGUGCAACAAGUGCAGCAAACGCUUCCGCUUUCCCCACUACUAUCGUCACCAUCAGAUGUGGUGCGGCAGGGAGG